AACGUUUAAAACCCAACGGCUACUUCCACCUUACCGUUUUAACAUAUUUUCAAAACCUCUUACAGCAAAGCCACACCUCAUCAUCAAACUGUGUAAGAACUCAACUAUAAAUUCUAUUUACGAAGAAAAGGCACAAAAGAAUUGAAAUCCUGCAAAACGCAGCUGAAUCAGAGCCAAAAAUCAAACAUUUUUUUGAUCAGAUAAUGGCGUACGCAUACAAGCCCACAUACUACACAUCACUGCACGAUUCCAUGACCUCUAUCUGCAAGACGAUCCUCCCGUUUUCGUUCAAGAAGAAGCGGAUGCCGGCGAUAGCUGCGGCGGAGCAGCAGCGGGCCAAGGAGCAGUCGGAUCAGUUGAAAUGGCAGCAGGAAUCGUUCCACCAGAUGCAUAAUUUGAUGGGCCUCUGUAAAGAGGGGAUUCUUCAUGAAGAUGAGGUCUCUGCUUUCAGAGCGCAUCUUCUCGAAACUCUCAUCAUGUCGCCGGUCGAUUACGAGUCGCCUUUGAUUCUAAGGGAUAAGCUCAUCUUCUUGCAGGAGUUGCUGUAUGCAAAUUGCAUAUCGGAGGAUGAGUACCAUGCAUCAAAGAGGCCUUUGUUGCAGAGGCUAGCAGUUCAGGGAGCAGAGAUUAAGGAAACGGACGUGACAGUUGGCGGGGCGCAGAAACUGAUUUCGAAUGAAGAGUGGUCUGUAAUAGAUUUGAAGGAAGAGAAAUGCUUGGUUAAAUCAGAGAGCUUAAGGCUUACAAACAAACUGAAAGAGAGUUCAGCAUCAAAGAAAACAAAAGGGGCUUCUUCUGUUUUGGCUUUCGUAUCGCCCAAUAAAUAUGGGAAGUUGAAGGAGGACAAGGAUGAAAGUGGCUCGGAUCGAAAGAAUAUGAGGCCAAAGGCUCUAAAUGUAGGGAAUGAGGUUUUGAGGUCUACUGAAAAUCCUUUCUGGAAUGCUGCUGGUUUGAAUGAGAAAGAAAAUGAAUCCAAACCCGUUUUCGUGAUGGAAAGUUUACCUGAAUCUGAGAAGCAAAUUGGAAGUGAAAAGGGGAAGAGGAAACCAUUUAGUGCCAUCUUUCAAAGAGAGCCAAAGGAGGGGAAUGAUGAUCCAGCUCUUGACAGCAAAGAAAAUGGGAAGUUGGUGAAGAAAACAUGGGGUUUUGAUGGAUUCAAGAAAUGGAAGAAGGGAAAUGUCGAGGAUGAAAGAACUCCCUUGUCCCUAACUGAAAAAUCAGAUGACACAAAGGAACCAGAAACCAAGAAAAUGAAGAAUAAAUUGCAUCCAAAUGAUGUGAUUUUAGAUGAGGCUUUUGGAGAUAACAUAAAGAAGGAACUGUCUCGAAUCCAAACAGAACUCAGUGCAAGAAGUACACGCAUCCAUGUCUCAGAUGAUCAACUUGAUGAAGUCUCGAAUAGUCAUGCAGUCAACAAUGCUAACAAUGGGCAAAACGUAGCGAGAGAGAAACGCAACUCGAAAAGAUGGACCACAUUUGAUGAAGAAGAAGAAGAAAACUCGCACCCAAAUUUGUUUGCUCCUCAACAUCAGUCAUACUCUGUGAAGCAAACCAGGUUGUCUUCCUCAAGAACUGCUUCACGCACAUCUUUUAACAAUAGCAGCAUCGAUAAGGGCUUUAGAUAUAAUCCCUUCUUCGACAUGUAAGACAAUCGGCACAAUCUUUCAAGAACCCAGAAGCCAAGUUUCUAUACAAGUUACCCUUAUUAUGUGUGUUUGUUUGUAAAGAGGAAAGGAUUGUAUCAUACAAUCUAGCUAAUUAUUUCCUAUGUAGAUUUUGAUUAUUUUGCUGUAAUAUACACUCUGCAACCGUGCUGUAUCUAUAAUCUGAUGAUUUUAUUCAGUUCA